UUUACGUUAAAGAGUCGUUUAGAGCUGAAAGGAUUCGAUUCCCUGAAUUUGAUUCGUGUUGAAAAAGAAAACAAUGAAGCUGUUGUUGGUCGUGGUCUCCAUGCAGCUGUUUCUGGCUCCUGUGUUCAUGGUGCCUGCUGGUGAUUACUGGGAUAAAUGGGGACCAUAUGGGGAGUGCAGCCGCUCGUGUGGGGUUGGUGUAACUGUGAGGACGAGACGAUGUUUGACUCAGCGGAGUGAUGGAGGCUAUAACUGUUUGGGACCUGAUAAAUCCUACCGGACAUGCAACAUUCAGGACUGUCCUGAGGGCUCAAGAGAUUUCAGAGAGGAACAGUGCACUAGGUUUGAUGGCACGGAAUUUCACGGAAAAUUCUACAAAUGGCUACCGUAUUAUGGAGCAGAGAAUCCAUGUGAGCUGAACUGCAUCCCCAAAGGAGAAAACUUCUUCUACAGACACCUUGCCUCUGUAGAGGAUGGUACACCAUGCUACCCUGGCAGGAAUGAUAUCUGUGUUGAAGGAGUGUGCAAGCAAUUGGGUUGUGAUAGCAUGCUGGACUCUGCACAGCAGGAGGACCCCUGCCUGCAGUGUGGGGGAAAUGGCCAGUCCUGCCAACGUGUCAAAAAUGCUUUUUCCAUGCGUGAUCUACCUAAAGGUUACCAUCAGAUGUUCAUCAUCCCUGCUGGUGCUACCAGCAUUCGCAUCCGUGAAACUGUGCCUACUCGGAACUACCUGGCCAUCAAGAACUUACGUGGCGAGUAUUACCUGAAUGGGCACUGGGUAAUUGAGUUCUCUCGCAGCACCCCAAUUGCUGGAACCAUGCUUUACUAUUACAGAGGAACAGAAGGUGAAAAAUCUCCUGAAACUAUCACUGGACGUGGACCGACCACUGAGCCAUUGAUUAUUGAGCUAAUUUCUCAGGAGCUAAACCAGGGAGUAGAGUAUGAGUAUUACCUCCCUGAUGGUCGUCCCAGAGAGGGCCAAUAUUGGAGCUAUGGCUCCUGGUCCUCCUGCAGCAAGGAAUGCGGGUCUGGUUACCAGACUCGUCUGGUCUUCUGCACUAUUGAUAAUGAGGCGUACCCUGAUUAUAUGUGUGAGAACAGGGCUCGCCCUUUUAAUAACCAAACAUGCAAUGAGCAACAGUGUCCUCUAACUAAAAGGAUCUCGUAUGUGUACCAAGCGCAAAUGUGGACAUCCAGGGAAACAACACGUCUCUAUGUUCAGGUGUACAGCUUGAAUGUCGGUGAGUGGAACCAGUGCUCGGUCACGUGUGGUGGAGGCAUUCAGACGCGCCGGGUAGAGUGCAUGUCUCAUGAUGCCACUGGAAAGCGGGUGGUGGAGGACUCGCUGUGUGAGACGUACUCUCUCAGACCCGUUAGCCAGCAGAACUGCAACAUGCAGCAGUGUGCUAAGUACAGCGUGUCUGCCUGGAGCCAGUGCUCUGUGACGUGUGGCUCUGGAGAACAGACGAGGGACAUCAUCUGUAUGGAUUCAAGCGGAGCACUUUUGGCAGAUUACAUGUGUGCCGGUUUCCCAAAGCCACCCAGCACGCAGGUCUGUCAGAUGUCUGUCUGUACAACCCGGAUUGCUUGGCACAUUGGUGAUUGGGGGCUGUGCUCUAAGAGCUGUGGCUCGGGGCUUCGGGAGCGGCAGGUGAUCUGUUCAGACACACUGAGGAACCUUUACGGGCAGGAACUCUGCGGCGCCUUUCCCAAACCUACUAAUGUGGAGAACUGCAACAACCAGCCCUGCUACAGCCCCCAGGUGGUGCCCAGCAUGCAAGACACAAGAGGCUAUGACAAUACCGUUUUUGGUUUCUAUCCCUACAAACCUGAGGAAUCCCAGACAGUUUACCAGCGUGAUACUUCUUACUGCUAUCAGAGUCAAUUUGGUUGUUGUCCAGAUGGCAGGACUCUAGCCACUGGGUUCCGCGGUCAGGGCUGUACCCAAGGACCAACAUGUUCCAGCAGCAGGUAUGGCUGUUGCCAAGAUGGAGUGACCGAUGCAGUGGGCCCCAAUAAGGAGGGCUGUCCAGAAUAUGCUUCUUCCUUCCCAAAUACAGGUGCAGAAUAUGCUCCGUCGUUCCCAGCUCCUGAGAAUGUGGAAUGCAGCAAGUCCACAUACGGUUGCUGUUUUGAUGGAGUAAGCCCGGCCCGUGGUGCUAAUGGAGAGGGCUGCCCUACUUCGCCUGGCAGAGGUCAGCGUGCGCCUUGCGACCUGCCCCACACGGUCGGACCGUGUUCUGAAUGGACCGCCCGCUACUACUACGACUCGGCCUCGUCUCGCUGCGUUCAUUUCUGGUACGGCGGUUGCCAUGGCAACAGCAACAACUUCGCCACGACGGAGGAGUGCCAGCGAAAGUGCCAGGGCCGUCAGCCCUUCACCCCAGAAUACACGUCCAACCCUAGCAAUAUCUGGUCGGGCUACAAUACAUCUUCGCGUGGCCACAAUAACGGGCUUCAGUCGGUGGUACGUCGGACCGUCCCCAGAAACGUGCGGGUCUACAAACACGAUGGCAGUUGGUCUGCUGUGGGUGUGAGUAUUGACAAGUCGGAUCCUUCUACGGUGGAGGGUAUAGAGGGCCAGCGGGUGGUGUUGCCCUGUAAAGUCACCCCGCCUCCAUCCUCUACUGUGAUCGUGGAGUGGAGAAGAGAUGGCGUCCCUCUUGACCCUUCCAGACAUGAGCAGCAGCCGAACGGCUCUCUGCUGGUGGGCCCAGUGAAGGUGAAGGACUCCGGCUGGUUGCUGUGUUUGGCCACACGAGACAGUGAGAGAGAUUACCGAUACGUCUAUCUGUCCGUCUCAGAGGCUAAGGAUAAAGUUUAUAAACCCUCAGUUUCACAAGACGGGUCCAAUCCUGCAGACUCAAUAAUUGUCAUUCCCCCCAGGUUCAGUAUUGAUCGUUCAGAAUCGACGCUGGUCGAGAGACGUGCAGGUCAGAGUGCCAGGCUACACUGUACCAUUCUUCCGUCCUCAGCUGCUAAGUUGGUCAGCAUUCAGUGGACCAAAAAAGAGGACUUUCUCAACACAUUCAGGCACUCUCAGCACUCGGAUGGCACCCUGGUGAUUAACAACCUGACAUCUGCUAAUUCAGGCGUCUAUACCUGCACAGCCUCUAGCAGUCAACAGCUGGAACAACUGCAAAUCCAGCUCAGAGUUUCAGAAGAUCUGAGGAUCACCAGAGCACCAAAAAACGUGCAGGUGUCCCAGGGCAGCGUGGCUCGACUACCCUGUGUAGCAUCUGGAGAUAAUGUUAAAAUCGCCUGGUCCAGGAACGGAGUGCCAGUGAGACCUGAUGGGAUUCGAGUGCAGGUGUCAGCAGAUGGCACUCUAAUCCUGUAUAACGUGCAGCCUGCAGACGAGGGCUCUUACACUUGCAGUGCCUAUGUUGGCACAACCUCUGUUAGUGCCAGUGCUGAAAUACGGGUGACCAAAGAAAUCGACGGGGAUCACGGGCCAUCGCCCAACUGUGUUGACGAACCCAAUUUGGCUAACUGUAGGCUGAUCGUCAGUGCCCGUCUGUGUGGCCACCAGUACUAUUCCAGCUUCUGUUGUGCCAGCUGUUACAAAUAUGCAGUUGAAAAAAGCAGAACAACUCGACAAGGGUAGUGAAGAGCGCUAAUGAAGAGCCUAAUGCCAAGUUCACACUACACGACUUUCCAAGUCGUCAGGUCGCUGUACAGUUCACACUACACAACUGGAUCUCUGUAAUCGGGAGUCUUUCAAGUCGGUGUGUAUUUCACACUACACGAUGGAUCGGCGAUAGGGGGUUUCACACUACACGUUCUAUCACCAACUGGAAUCGCAGGCGAGCUUCUCUGGUCUCCCAAACUACGUUUUGUCACGAAAACAAACGCGAGAAGUGACGAAAGGUUUAACGAUACCACGUCCAAAAAUGCAAGUCAUGAGCGAAUAAGUUUGUGCUGAUGUGCAGCGUAAAAUCAAAGAGGAAAAAUAAAUGAAUCUGAGUUGAUUUGGCUUGGAUUGUUCUAUAGUAAGUUGGAGGUUAAUAAAUAUUUUUUGCAAUGCAACGUUGGUGUUACGUUCUGAAGAGAACGAUCAGGUCAGAAAUACUGUAAAACUUGUGCGUGUGCCGAUGUAUUCUGCUAUAAACUAUAUAAUGCCCCUGUCCCACCUUUUUACAAGCCUCUUCUGCGUUUCCCCUCACACUGUAUCUUGCGUUCUCAUUGGCUGUUCGACAUAGCACUCAUUGCCAAUCAGGCAACUCAGAUUCAGAUAUCUGACAUGCUAGAAAUCGCACUUCGGAUCAAGUUGUUGAGUAGUUCACACAUAGUGAUUGAGAGCCAAGUUUCGAUCGCCGAGCGAACGCCGAGUUGCUCCCGAGCCGGCAAAUCUAGCACCGACCAGUCGGUGAGCGAAAAUCAGGGCAAAAAUUGUGUAGUGUGAACUAGGCAUAAUCUGAUGAUCAGGACUUGGAUGUCUUUUCCUGCGGUCUGCCUACAUUUGACUCCACACGUCACGAUCAGCUUUGGUCAAUCAACUGUACAGAACAAAUGUACUUAAAAAUACAACAAGGACAAGGAACAACCACAGUUUUAUUUAUAAUAAUGUAUUAUGCUUUUAUAUGCUUUUAUGAUGUGUAUUUUUAUGAAGAAAUUUUUUGAUAGACUCUUGAUACUGUAUUUUUUUAGACAUAAUGAUACAUAAUGUUGAAAUAAUAAUAAA